AUGACCGCAGUACACUCACAAAUUACUAAUAUUCCACUUGAACUCUUUAUUGAAAUUUGCUCUUUUUUACCACCAGUUGAUUUAUUCACACUUUCUCAAGUGUGUCGUAAAUUUCGCGGAUAUUUAUGUGCUCCAAAUUCUUUUAUUACUCAACAAAUAUGGAAGGAAUCUCGUUUAAAUUUUAUGCCAAAAGAAGAUAUGUCUCCACCAGAAGGCAUGAGCGAAGAAAAAUAUGCUGAAUUAUUAAUUACAGAACGAGGUUGUCAAAUUUGUAAACGAACUAAAGAAUGUAAAAUAUAUUGGGAAUUUACAAUUAGGUGUUGUAAAGAAUGUCAUUCAAAUAAAACCGUAGGUUUGAUUGGAUUGGUCGAUUAUCCAUCAGAAUUCGUUGAUAUUAUGCCACAUACCACUGAGCUACUAUGUGAUAAAUAUUAUUGGAAAGAACAAGUAGAUUCUGCAUAUGCUCAAUAUAAUGGUUUAUCAAAAGAAGAAAAGAAAAUUUGGUUGGAUAAUAGAAAACAAACAUUUGAUUCUAUAAUGAAUUAUGCUAGCCAACGUGAAUUACGUGAAAUAAAAUUAUUAGACUAUUAUUGUUGUUUUCAACCUCUUGAUUUAUAUUCACCUUAUUUUUUCUCUGAUAUAUUUCCUUCAGUAUAUGAUUUUUACCCCCAAACUCCACAACCUUCACAACCUUCACUUUUAUCUCCGUACAGAAAUUUUUUUGAGGAAGAGAUUGAAAAUGAAUCACGUUUUAAUGCAAGCAUAAGACAAAAUCAAGAUUUCCUUGAAAAUUCUAAUGAGUAA